AUUUCCAGGUGUGUAAGUGACGGCACAAGUAAAGCAGGCAGCACCAGCAGAGGAAGGCAGUGAGAAACACAGUGAAUACAAUUAGACACUGAGACGCAGAACAACACACAGGAUGCCGGGGGAAACAUCCAAUAACCGGGUCGGUCGCUAUCCGAACGCUACGCUGUGGUACGAGGAACCAGAGAAGGAGGAGGAUCUGGUGCCUGAGAAUAACACUGAGAAAAAGGAAGGGGUGUAUCGAUGGUGGUUCCGUAAAAUAUGUCCGUGCUGCUUACGACCAGCCCAAAAGGACUCUGUGGAGCUCACUGGCAUGCCAGACAAUCCUGGAGGAAAUCAGCCAGAGGAACCUCCUAAGAUAAAUGAAACUCUGUUAUCAGUGUGCUCCAUAGACCUCAUCAAAUCCAAAAAAGGUGAAAACCGAGUGAAUCAUCACACGGAACGUUACCAUAGCGACAACCUCAUCAUCCGCAGAGGGCAGAGGUUUCAGAUGUGGAUUGAGCUCUCACGACCUUUCAACCCCAAAACUGACAAACUGCACCUCGAGCUCAAACUUGGUUCUAACCCAAUGGUAUCAAAGGGCACCCUAGUGACCGUUCCUCUAGUCGACGAUUUGCAGGACGAUUGCUGGGAAGCCAAGAUCGUCGAGAAGAAUGGCAACAAAAUCAAACUAUCCGUCAACUCCCUGCCCACUGCUCCCAUUGGUCAAUACAAGCUCGCUGUUGUAACUCAGACGCCCGAUGGGAACAGCACUUCAGCGUAUAAACCUGAAAACGACAUCUACAUGCUUUUUAACCCCUGGUGUGAAGAUGAUUCGGUGUAUAUGGAUGAUGAGGAGGAGAGGAAAGAAUACGUUCUGAACGACGUGGGGAGGAUCUACUACGGUACGGCGUCUCAGAUUGGAGAAAGAACCUGGAACUUUGGACAGUUUUCUGAUGGAGUUCUGGCGGCGUGUCUGUUUGUACUAGAGAAGAGUCGAACCCCUGCGUCUGGGUGGGGAGACCCUGUUACCGUCAGCAGACUCGUGUCAGCGAUGAUCAAUACUCCUGAUGACCAAGGCGUCCUGGAAGGCAACUGGUCCGGCAACUACGCAGACGGGACGUCUCCGACGGCAUGGAGCGGCAGUGUCGACAUCCUGAAGCAGUACCACAGCAGCGGAGGCUUGCCUGUCAAAUACGGCCAGUGCUGGGUCUUCUCAGGUGUCACCACUACAGUUCUCAGGUGUUUAGGAAUCCCCACGCGCAGCGUCACGAACUUCGACUCCGCCCACGACACUGACGUCUCCCUGACCAAUGACGUGUAUCUGGACGAGAACAUGGAGCCCAUUUUAGAACUCAACAGUGAUUCUGUCUGGAAUUUUCACGUGUGGAACGAAUGCUGGAUGGCUCGGGCCGAUCUGCCGGUCGGCAUGGGAGGUUGGCAGGUGGUGGAUUCCACACCUCAAGAGACGAGUCAGGGCUUGUACUGCUGUGGCCCUAGUUCGGUGGCAGCGAUCCGUGAUGGACAGGUCUACCUUAAAUUUGACGCACCCUUCGUCUUUGCCGAGGUAAACAGUGAUAAGAUCUACUGGCAGAGAAACCCUGAUGGCACCUUCUCACAGAUCUACUGUGAGAAGAACGCAGUGGGUCACUGCAUCAGCACCAAGGCAGUUGGAUCUGAGAAGAGAGAAGACAUUACACACCUCUACAAACACCCAGAAGGUUCUGAACAGGAGCGAAUCUCAGUGGAAACUGCCACCCGCUACGGGUCAAAGCCUAACAUCUACCCUGCUUCUGUGACCAAAGACGUCACAUUAGAGGUCACAAUGAAAGGAGAAGGGCCUCGAAUGGGAGAAGAUGCACACCUGUAUAUCAACAUGAAGAACUGCAGCUCAGCCAACCGCAGUACCAUCCUUCACAGCCAAGUGGCAGUCAUGUACUACACUGGUGUGCAAAAGGCUGUGAUGAAAAAAGCUGAUACUGAGGUGGAGCUCAGACCCAACGAAGUCCAGACCCUGGAAUGGACCCUUCCGUAUGACCUGUACAAGAAUGAGCUGGUGGACCAGGCGGCCCUGAUGCUCACCCUAUCUGGACGAGUCAGUGAGACCAACCAGGUUCUGGCAACCCAGUUCAACUUCCGCCUGCGUACACCUGACAUCAUCAUCACCCCUGUAGGGGAUGCUGUAGUUGGUAAAGUGAUGUCAGCUAAACUCAUCUUUAAAAACCCGCUACCACAAGUCCUUAAAAACGUGAAGUUCAGGAUCGAAGGCUUGGGCUUGCAGAACAUCAGAGAGAUCUCCUACGGGGAUGUGGACAGACUGGCGACCGUCACCCUGACGGAGAAGUUUAUUCCUACCUUGGCUGGUCAGAGGAAGCUUCUCGCCGCUCUGGACUGUCAGCAGCUCACGCAGGUUCACGGCGUUGCCGACAUCUUGGUUAAGGAGAAGUGAAAACGGGCACGAAGGCAAACCACCAUGAGAUCACCUCAAAAAAAGAUGAAGCGAGGGGGACGACAGAAACGAUAGACCGUAGCGCUGUGUUCAAAUUAGAAAAUACAAAGUGUUGUUAGAGGCUUCAAAGCUUUGGGGACGUUUGUUAAAAUAUUGUUCAAACAAGGGAAAGAUUUCACUUCAUCUCGUAGUGCAGAAUGACGCUGAUUGAAGCUCUUGGGGGUAAAACGUCGAUCUAGAACAUGGUUGAUUUUUUCAGACAGGGUUUCAAGAAGAAACCCGUAAAGAAGCGAUUUUUUAUGAAUCUUGUUUUUUUUUUUAACAGAAUUUUGGUCUAAAAUUUCUUUAUAUAACAGCUCACAGCUAUCGAUAUUUUUUUUUACAAUAUAAAAGUUCUUUUAAAAACAUCCUGCAGUCUUAUAUUUUUCCCUGGUGAGGGUUCCGUCCGAGGCCCAAAGCCCAAAGCUUACUCACCAGCGUGUUGUUAACCCUAACUCUACUACAUGAUUUGUUUAUUUACAGACUCUUGAUGAUCUCGAGCUGUCACUGUAACGGCUGAUUUAAUCCGCCUGCUUAAAAUAGCGUGGAUUUACGUACUGCUUAACAGUAUUCGAGACUAAAAGGCUUCAGACGAGCUUUCAUUUCACGCCACACCGCUAUUUUCUUCUGCCGACGUCUUGAGGCGCUGUGUGUGAAAUUCUGGGACAAUGUGACCUUUUUUCCUUAUUAUACACUUGUUUAUAAUGUAUAUUUAUACAGUUGUACUUUUUAUUUAACUUAUUGUUUUUUAAUUUAUGCAAGUUCUGUAGACGGAAAUGGACGAUUCGAUCUAAUGGAGGUUUAGUUGAUGUAUUACACAGUGUGUAGAUUUAAAAGCUGUACCUUAUUCGCACUAUAAUCACUUUUAUACACUGAAAAUCCAGUAAAAUCCUUCUGAACAUUUGACAGA